UGAAAGAUUGUGAAAGAGAUGAAGAUUUUAAGAAGAUUUGCCAUGAGCAUGUAGUCUUUUUGAUGGGGAUCGGCUGCCAAGAAGCAGCAGUUGUGGUUGGGCUGAGCCAGAGAAGAGGGCUGAUGAAAAAUAUCACCACAUACUUUCUAUACUACAGGGUGAAACCAGCCCUAGAUCAGUUCAUCCAGGGCCUACAGUCGAUCGGGGGUCUUUUCGACCUGAUGAUGAAAAACCCUGAGGGUUUUUGCAGUGUCAUGUGCGGAGAGAAGGAAUCUCUGACCCGUCAGAAAUUGAGGGCCCUUCUCUCCAUAAGUUUUUCGAAGGACAAGACGAGGAAGAAAGAUGAGGGAACAGCUAUCUACCUGUUCGAGGUCUUCCUCAAGAAAUGCGAGGAUGAGAGUGAUGAUGCCGUUUCAUUGAGCCAGAUCUUGCAGUUUAUGAGUGGGGCAUCCGCUAUCCCUCCACUUGGCCUCCCAAACAUUGUUGUGAAUUUCUUUGAUGUCGAGCCUGGAGAAAAGCGGUACCCUUCAGCCAAUACAUGUGUGCCAAUCAUGUGGCUUCCGAGAUGGAAGAAGUUAAAGGACACGAACUUCCGAACUCCUUUCUUUGCCUUGUUGAAGGAAGGCAUUCUGUCAAGCAAAGGCUUCGACAAGAUGUAAGAUGCCAUCUUUUUUCCUACCUUUCACUGCCGAACCAGUUGUAUCUCUAGUGUCCUCUACUAUGCGAGGGCAUGUAUUGUGAUUCACCUCGACCGUGUUAUGUCGAAUCAGUAUGAAUCUAAUUGCCAUGUUAUUAUCAUCAUCAAAACAAUUGCCAUGUAUAUAUCAUUGUCAAGAACACAGUCAUGUAAUAACCAUAUGUAAUAAGCACAUGACCAUGUCAAUGGCAUCGGCAAUAUUGAGCAGAUUGCCAUGUUUUUCUCAUUAUCAAGCCAGUUACCAUGUAAAUAUCAAUUGUCAAGCACAUUAUCGUUGUCAAGCAGGUUGCCAUGUUAUUCUCAAUAUAUCAAAUCAGUUACAUGUACACCACGUCAUUGUUGUCGAGUCAAUUUCCAUGUUAUUAUCAAUACGUGUAUAUCAAUUAAAUUACCAUGUAAAUAUCAUUCACCAUCCUUGUAAAUACAUGUUAGUGAAGCAGAUAGCCGUAAUGUUAUCAAGCCAAUUAUCAUUUAAAUGUCAUUACCAAGCACAUGAUCAUGUCACUGUUGUCUACAUCAUGUAAAGAGUUUCAUCCAAUCACAGACUUCUAGGCUGCAUCCUUGCUGUAGCAAUUCGUCAGAGGUUGAAUCUAUUUCAUUCAUAAUAAUGAUGUGUUUAGAAUAUUGUAAUUGGUCAUUUGGUGAACUUUUGAAUAAUGAUACAUGUAACUGGGACUUCCAUGACACUGUAUGAUACUAGUAUAUAUAAGCAAUA